CAAAAGCUUAGGCUGAUCCAUUGGAUAAGGGGAAAAUCGAAUAAGGUGAAAACCGAAAAGAAAACAAAAGAAAAAUGGCGGCUUUCUCGUCGGCUUCGGUAGCGACGGCGUACUCCUCGCUAAUGGCUUCUCCUCUUCCCGCCUUACGCCCCACCACAAACAAUCACACAACCCUCCUCUUUGCCCACCAAAGAUCCCUCCGUCCUUCACUGUUCUUCAAGAAUCGUUCGAAGCUAUCAUGCAAUUGGAGUUCUCCUACCGCCGUCUACUCGACGGAUCGACCUAGCAUAAGUGGAGUUUGGUCAAUCAGGGAUGAUUUGAUAGCACCUACGUCUCCUUACUUACCGGUGGAAGCGCAAGGCGGUCAGGGUCCACCGCCAAUGGUGCAAGAGAGGUUCCAGAGUGUGAUUAGCCAGCUAUUCCAGCAUAGAAUAAUAAGGUGUGGUGGAGCGGUUGAUGAUGACAUGGCAAACAUUAUAGUUGCGCAACUUCUGUAUCUUGAUGCCGUCGAUCCUAACAAGGACAUUAUUAUGUAUGUGAACUCGCCAGGAGGAUCGGUGACCGCUGGUAUGGCCAUCUUCGACACGAUGCGGCAUAUCCGUCCGGAUGUUUCCACUGUUUGUGUUGGCUUAGCAGCCAGUAUGGGUGCUUUCAUACUAAGUUCAGGCACCAAGGGAAAACGUUUUAGUUUACCAAACUCUAGGAUAAUGAUUCAUCAACCUCUUGGCGGUGCACAAGGAGGGCAAACAGACAUUGACAUACAGGCGAAUGAGAUGUUGCAUCACAAGGCUAACCUGAAUGGAUAUCUAGCAUAUCAUACUGGUCAAAGUCUUGAAAAGAUAAACCAAGACACCGAUCGAGAUUUCUUCAUGAGUGCAAAAGAGGCAAAAGAUUAUGGCCUAAUUGAUGGGGUUAUAAUGAAUCCACUCAAAUCUCUCCAGCCUUUGCCAGCUUCAGAUCAGGAAGGAACAGUUGCAUCAGUGAUCUAGUCGGAUCUUUCAAGUUCAGUCUUAACAAGGUUAAUUUAUUGCUCGUACAAUUACAGUUUUGCCAUAAGGAGCUUUGUAGCUUUCUAGGUUUUUAAAGUUUUGUAAUUGUAAAUUUUGAAGAAUAGUAGUUUGAUAUUGUUCAUUUCCAAGGCAAUAUCUUUCAAGAUUAAAGAGCCAUUAAAUCAUAUAAUUUGGUUCAUUUGGAA